CAGCCAAAGCCGAUGGUAAGCACGGCUCAGGGAUCUUAGAGCCGCAUAUUCUGGAGAGUCGGUGCGCUGCCUUCCAGUAUCGAGCCAACAAGUAUUCAGAAGGAGGUGAAGGUCCUCCACACGGAUCCUCAAAGCUAGCAAUGCCUGGCCCCACACCGACCAUCAGCAAAGCUCGGGUAUACACCGACGUCAAUACACAGAAGAACAGAGAGUACUGGGACUAUGACGCUCAUGUGCCAAACUGGAGCAAUCAAGACAACUAUCAGUUGGUGCGUAAAUUGGGCAGAGGAAAGUACAGUGAAGUAUUUGAGGCCAUAAAUGUGACCAAUAAUGAGAAAGUGGUGGUGAAAAUCCUCAAGCCUGUCAAGAAGAAGAAGAUCAAACGAGAAAUCAAAAUUCUUGAAAACCUGCGAGGUGGAACCAACAUAAUCCGGCUGGUGGACACGGUCAAAGACCCAGUGUCCAGGACACCAGCGCUUGUCUUUGAGUUCAUCAAUAACACAGAUUUUAAGGAGCUGUACCAGAAGCUGACGGACUAUGAUAUCCGCUACUACAUGUUUGAGCUUCUAAAGGCUCUGGACUACUGUCACAGUAUGGGGAUCAUGCACAGGGACGUGAAGCCACACAAUGUGAUGAUUGACCACCAGCUGAGGAAGCUGCGUCUUAUAGAUUGGGGUUUGGCUGAAUUUUACCAUCCUGCUCAGGAAUAUAAUGUCAGGGUGGCCUCCCGUUAUUUCAAAGGCCCUGAGCUGCUAGUGGACUACCAGAUGUAUGACUACAGUUUGGACAUGUGGAGUCUUGGCUGCAUGCUGGCCAGUAUGAUUUUCCUGAAGGAACCAUUUUUUCAUGGCCAGGACAACUAUGACCAGCUGGUCCGCAUUGCUAAGGUUCUCGGCACCGAUGAGCUCUUCGGCUACCUGCACAAAUAUCACAUAGAACUGGACACUCGCUUCAAAGACAUGCUGGGCCAACAAACACGGAAGCGCUGGGAGCAGUUCAUCCAGUCAGAGAACCAACACCUGGUGAGCCCAGAGGCUGUGGACCUGCUGGACAAGCUGCUGCGCUACGACCACCAGCAGAGGCUGACGGCGGCCGAGGCCAUGCAGCACCCAUACUUCUGUUAG